CUGAAGAAGAUCAUAGCCAAUAGCCUUUGCCCUUUCGUAAUAUGAAAGAAGGCAUGAACAUUUACCUGUGUUGCAGAAUACAGAAUAAAGAUGUCUGACCAGGAAGACAUGGUAGCUCUGGGGAGAUGGACAAUAAACAGGAGGUUGCUUCCUAUCAAGCUGUUUUACUUUUUCAUGAUGGCCGCUGUUGGAGAUCUUCUGCCCUUUAUCCCACUCUACAUGAAGCAGAUAGGACUGUCCUCUACACAGACUGGGAUUAUUUAUGGGAUCAUGCCGUUUGUGGGUUUCCUAGUCCGACCAAUUAUUGGGGCCCUUCUAGACAAGUUCCAGAAACACAAGCUAGGACUCAUCCUGUGUAUCCUGUUUUCUGGAGUUUUCUAUAUGUUGAUGUUAGUCAUUCCAUCAGACACUACCUCCUAUAUGUCAGUUGAAACCAAGAUUUCCUGCAAUGAGUAUGACUCUUAUAUCCAUGACUGCUUUCAAAACCAGUCAAAUGAGUGUCCGCUAGGAUUUGAAAGCCUUCGUCUAAGUUUGAAUAAAACACAUCACUCGACCAUCUCUAAUUUAUCUUUGAGCAUUCAUGGAGAAAACUCAUCAGCUCCCUAUUCAGUCAUUCCUUCCGAGACAAUAGACUCUUAUCCUAAAACAAGUUGUUCUGUGAUCUGUAAGCCUAUUACUCAGUUUCCAGGAGAAGUCUGUUUCACUGACCAGCCAGAAUUAAAGCAAUGUCUUGGAGAGCAGACCUCACCAGCAAACCUAGAGUUUAUGAUUUAUGAUAUUUUAGGCUCAACAAAAGAAGUAAUUGCAGACAGACAAGUAGUUGGAAACUUGGAGUGUCUAGAUUUCAGCAUGCACAACGUUACAGUUGGACAGCGCAAGUAUUGGAACAUGUUUUGUGAUCAUGAAACAGAAUUCAACUGCCACUUAAAAUGUGACCUUGGUGUUUCUGAGCAGUGUGUAACCAAAUAUGCCCAUGUCAUAAGAGACAAGUUCAUAUUAUUUCUAGUGAUUUACUUGUUUGCCAACAUUGCAUUUGCUCCUGUGUUGAGUAUGGGGGAUGCGAUGGCAUAUGACAUACUGGGAGACAGUCAGAGAGGGAAGUGGGGCAAACAGAGACUGUUUGGAACUGUGGGUUUCAUGCUAUUUGCAUUAUCAUCGACAUUCAUCAUGUACGAGAUCAGUAGCAGUAACAAGGAGAUAGACUUCUCUGUGUCUUUUUACAUCUUCGGAGUGCUGUGUGCGAUAGCAAUGAUUUCAGUGUGGAUGAUGUCAGUGUCGGGAAACAUUUCCAGUAAGAACAUCAUGGUGCACAUCUGGAGUGUCAUGAAGCACCCUCAGAUUGUCAUGUUCCUGUGUGUGAUAUUCUUCUUUGGGAUCUACACGGGAGCAAUCGAGACCUUUUUAUUUUGGUAUCUAGAGGAGGAGACAGUGGGAUAUUUUCAAGUCAUUCCUGGACUAUGCUUGGCGAUUGCCUGCUCUACAGAGACUAUUCUCCUUUUUGUUUCCGGCACCAUCAUUAAAAGAGUGGGGCAUUUGAGCUGUAUCUACAUAGUGUUUUUAGCGUAUGCCAUUCGGAUGAUCUCCUACUCUUUCUUGGAUAGCGUGUUUGGGGUCUUACCCAUAGAAGUGUUGCACGGAAUCACAUUUGGAAUUAUGUGGGCCACUUCUACAUCAUAUGCCAGCAUCAUCUCACCCCCAGGGAUAUCUGGUACUGUCCAGGGACUUCUGGGAGGAAUUCAUUUUGGAUUUGGAAAAGGUGUGGGGUCUCUGUUGACUGGCUGGCUGUAUAAAGAAACAGGCAUGCGCUGGGCCUGGCGGAUCUAUGGCAUUUCUUCCUUGGUUCUACUCAUUGUUUACUUCAUUGUUAACAAAACUGUGUUCAAGAAGUCAGCCACAGAAAUGGUGGAAAACCAGAGGGAGCUUGAUGUAGCUACUCAUGUGCAUACAGAACCGAGCAGAGGGAAAGGGAAAUACAAGAAGGACAAGUCGGUGACAACAAACCAUUUGAACGAACAGCCAGAGAUCGAGCCACUGGUAAAUGGUACAGAGGAGGUUCCCAUGGCAACAGACAGUAGAAAUAAGGUCUAAAGGGCAGCUACUCUGUCAUCCUCUCUAGAGGGGUGGGGUAUUGCAUAUACACUAUGUUGUACAAGAGAUUCUGUAUUAAUGUACUAAGUGCCUGUUUUGAGUGAAGUAACUUUUGUUUCUUUGGAACACAAGCUUGACAUUCAUAUAUGAAGUUAUUGAUAGGCUAAAAUUUUGCAAGUCUUUUGAAACAAUAUCAUCUGAACAUCAUGAAAGUAUUUGUAGCAGUCACAGUGUUGACAUUUUAUGUAAUUAAUAGGGAAUGUACAAAUAUACCAUCGUUUAAUCAAUCUGUCAGUUUGUUUCUACAUGACAAGAGUUGCACACUUUUUCAUCACAAAGUAACCUUACCAAGGGUUGUUUUUUUCUCCCAUUGCUGUAUGAUAAUAUUCUUAAAAUAUGUGUAAAUUUGUUCAUGUAUGCUACAUAUUUAAUGUAUAAAAAAGAUGCUACAAAUGUAUUUGAAAUCCUGGAGUCAUAUAGAAAUCCAUCUGUUUGGAUUGGUCAAACCUUAUUUUUUCAGAAGCAAUCAAUUCAUUUUAUCUGCUCUCUCUAGUCAAGCUCACCAGAUCAGAACCUCGCCCGGUGCUGAUUUUUUUCCCCUCAACCUUCUGAUUUGUGAGGUUCUCUGGUUAACUGCCAUAAUUUUCCUUUUCUCCUUUCUGAUUUGUGAGGCUUUCUGGUUAACUGCCGUAUGAAAUGUCAGGUAGAAUUAAGGUAAGGGAAGACAACUCCAACAGUUUCUCUGAUCCUAGUUGCUUAUUGUGAUUGUUGCAAAAGUUUCAUGUAUUUGUAGCUUUACAUGUAUUUUAACUAGCAAGUACACUGAUAUUUUCUAUUAGAAAAUAUAUAUUUCUAUUUUAUAUUUCAUUAUCUACAUGUACAUUUAUAAAGUUUUUGAUGUUGAAGAAAUUAGAUCAAGAUAAAGAAUGAUCGAUGUUUGUGUUAAGGUGGGUGUUCGCCUUCCCCAUUAAUGGCAUUAAAAUAUCAUACAUUGUACUGUAUUAGGAUUUAAUCUUUGGCAAUACUAGAACAUGACAUGUAGCUAGAUAUGACAUAUUGUCUUCUGUUAUUGUGUAAUACUUCUAUUAUAUUACACUUUGAUUUUUGACAAGUUUUAUCCAUGAUGUUAAUAUUUUUUUUGGCUUGUAUUGAUGUUGUUUUUGUUUUUGUUUUUUUAGAAUGAUUUUACAUGAUUUUUUUAUCAAAGUGCCAUGACUAGGGCAUUAAAAGGCAUUAAUCUAAUGUUACAUGAAUUUUAAUGAUUUACUUUUAUCAAUUUGGAAAAAUAUACAUUGCAAUUUUUGGACACUAUUCAUAAGUAUGCAUCCCCUAUUCUUUAUUCUUAAUUUCUUUCCAUGCAUUCAUGUUCCUUUUGGCAAUUUUAACAUAGAAAAAUUAAUAAAUCAAUGUGUGUGUAUGUGUGUGUGUGUGUGUGUGUGUGAGAGAGAGAGAGAGAGUGAUGGACAUUCCCAUUAAUGUAUACCUGUAAAUAUUUAGAACCAGAUUCUCUUAAAAAUGAUUUGUUGUGGAUGUCAGAUGAUUCAGUACCAACAAUGGUUAGGUGUUGUGUCUAACUAAAUUUUGGAUUUACAAUGCCAAAUUUUCCACAUUAAUUAUUUCAGAAAUUUUUUAUAGUCUACAAAUUUUUAUGAAAAUAUGAAUCAGUGCAUACGAAAUCUUUUGAUUGGUGUUGGUUUGAAUCUCUUUAAAAAAAUUUUUUUUUCUUUGAUUGCCCAUCUAAUUCAAAUAAAUGUACAUGUGGAUAUUUACAUUAUUGUAAGAAAAAGAAUAAUGUACCAGUAACUUUAAUUCAUUGGUAAUUGAAACUCUAUGAAGGUCAAAAUAAGUACUGGUACCAGUGUUCACAUAAAGAUGUUUCAUUUUGCCAAAUCCACAUCAAUUAUUGUUCAGUUUAAUGAAGUCCAAGUCUUUCAUGUUUUUUUUUUUUGUUUUUGAGUUUUAUAUCUUCAAGAUUUGCUUCUGUUCAAUUCUUUGUUCCUUUUGAUAACAGAUUUUGUGGAGUCACUCAAUGUUUAAUGUUGUGAGAUUUUUCAGGGAUGUACAUGCAAAGUGUGUAUGGUUGUUAUGUUCAUGCUUUACUCUAUUGUAAGUGUAAUAUGGAGUAAAUAAAGUGACCCAAAUUUCUAAA